AUGCUCGGGGCAGUAGGGGUGCACUGGCGGAUUAUCAGGCGACUCGAUGCUAACCACGAGCCGGACGAUGCAGCUAUCAAUGAAAGGCUGCAUAAAUGGGUAGAGGAGAAGAUCAGCGCUGCUGGGCUCAAAACCCUCGACUGGCUGGGUGGGUAUAAACUCAAUGAAGCCGAAGGGAUCUAA